AUGUCAGAGAACUUGACUGCGAUUAUCAAGCGACUGCAAGGGAUGGAUGAGAAGUUCAUUCACUUCACAAACGAUCUGAAUGGACGAGUCAAGAGCACGGGGGCAUCAGUAAUCGUAACAGCUAACAUGGGUCAUAUCAUUAUCAGAGCGAAUCAAGAACAUGAAGGAGCACCAUUCAUCAUACCAGAUUUAUCAGAACCUAGCUCGGUUUACUCCACCUGCACUCGAGACACCCCUUCCCCGUCCAUCGACUCUCAGAAUCUGCCGGCUGGCAACGACGAGGAACAUGAAAUUAAGGCCACCAUCAUUAAGAACAUCAUGGGUAAGGUGGCGGACCAAGACCAGCAAGAUCAUUGGGAGGCCGAGUAUGAUCAUGAACAGUGA